AAGGGGCUGGUUUGGUGAUCCCUUUAAGAAACCGCAGGCGGAGGAAUUUCUCUGAGAGAAAAUAAUCCUACUCACGGGGCCCCUUGGAGGCCAUUAACCCCCCGAGUCCCGGCCCCCCCUGACCCGGGCAGGCCCUCCCGCCCACGCGCACACCCGUGGGACCCCGGGAUCUGUGGCUCCGUGCGCGGCAUCCGCCCCCUCCUCACUCGCGCGCCAGGCCCGGCCGGGUCCGGGAAGCCGCCGCGCGGCGGCCGUGUCUGCAGUGUGGGCGGGGGCCGGGGGGCCGAGCGGUGCCGCCGCCGCGCCGGGAGCCGCAGCGGUUCCGAGCGGGGCCCAACAUGGCGGAAAGAGAGGUGGAGUCCGGCCCCCGAAAGAGGUUUGAACAGAAAAGUGGUGCAGUUUUUGAUGAAAUUGUAGAGAACUGUGGUGGUAUCAUGGAUACAGAAAUGUCUGAAGAUAUAGACCACAACUUAACUCCUACCCUUGACAGCAUGUCUUAUGGAAUGCCGAAUCAAACAGGAUCUGAAAAUUCAUUGCUGGAUGAAGAUGAUUAUUUUUUGAACUCUGGGGAUCUUGCAGGAAUUCCAGUCGUUGGUAGUGACAAUGAGGAUGAACAGGAUUUUAGUUCAAAGGACAAUCUUGUUUCUUCAAUCCAUACUGAUGAUAGCUUGGAAGUAGAGAGAAGAGUCACACAGCAUGAAUCAGACAAUGAAAAUGAAAUACAAAUUCAGAAUAAAUUAAAAAAAGACUUUCCUAAACAGUUUGAUCAGGUUUCUGUCUUUAAAUCAAUACGGAAAGAUUUUAGUCUAGUAAGAGAAAACAGCAAAGAGACAUUUUCUGGAAAGGAGAAAAAUAGAGACCUAACUUAUCAUGAACGUGAAAAACGAUUGGAUAAACCCCAUAAAGAUUUGGAUUCAAGGUUGAAAAGCAGUUUUUUUGAUAAAGCAGCUAAUCAAGUUGAAGAAACAUUACAUACCCAUUUACCACAAACCCCAGAAACAAACUUUAGGGAUUCCAGCUACCCAUUUGCCAAUAAAGAAUCCAUUGGUUCGGAACUGGGGAAUUCCUUUGCAUCAAAUAUUAGAAUUAAAGAAGAACCUUUGGAUGAUGAGUAUGACAAAGCAAUGGCACCACAGCAGGGACUACUAGACAAAAUUAAAGAUGAACCUGAAAAUGCUCAAAUGUUAAGGAAAUUAGAAGAAAAAGUAAUGGAAAAAAGGAGAUUAAAUGAUCAUCAUUUGCUGGAGUAUAGUCAUGGCCAACAGCAAAAAACUCAAGAGGGGGAACUGAAAAUUAGUGCUGUGUUUUCAGUCAGUGGCAGUCCUCUUGCUCCACAGUUGACUACUGGCUUUCAGCCUUCACUGGCAUCAUCUGGCAUGAAUAAAAUGCUUCCUUCAGUUCCAGCCACAGCUGUUCGAGUUUCCUGUUCUGGUUGUAAAAAAAUCCUCCAGAAAGGGCAAACUGCUUAUCAGAGGAAAGGAUCUACUCAGCUUUUCUGCUCCACACUGUGCCUCACUGGAUACACAGUUCCACCUGCACGCCUACCGCCUCCUCUCACCAAGAAAACUUGUUCAAGUUGCUCAAAAGAUAUUUUAAAUCCAAAGGAUGUGAUCAGUGCACAGUUUGAAAAUACCACCACCAGUAAAGAUUUUUGCAGUCAGUCAUGUUUGUCAACAUAUGAACUGAAAAAAAAACCUAUUGUUACCAUUAAUACAAAUAGCAUUUCAACUAAAUGCAGCAUGUGUCAAAAGAAUGCAGUUAUUCGACAUGAAGUGAAUUAUCAGAAUGUGGUACACAAACUUUGCAGUGAUGCGUGUUUCUCUAAGUUUAGAUCUGCUAACAACCUCACUAUGAACUGUUGUGAGAACUGUGGGGGUUACUGUUACAGUGGCUCUGGACAGUGCCACAUGCUUCAGAUAGAAGGACAGUCUAAGAAGUUUUGUAGUUCAGCAUGUAUCACAGCAUACAAACAGAAAUCAGCCAAAAUUACACCAUGUGCGCUUUGCAAAUCAUUGAGAUCCUCAGCAGAAAUGAUUGAAAAUACCAAUAGCUUGGGGAAGACAGAGCUUUUCUGUUCUGUUAAUUGCUUAUCUGCUUACAGAGUUAAAAUGGUUACUUCUGCAGGUGUACAAGUUCAGUGUAACAGUUGUAAAACCUCAGCAAUCCCUCAGUAUCACCUAGCCAUGUCAGAUGGAAGUAUACGCAACUUCUGCAGCUACAGUUGUGUGGUAGCUUUCCAGAAUUUGUUCAACAAACCAACUGGAAUGAAUUCUUCAGUAGUGCCCUUGUCUCAGGGCCAAGUAAUUGUAAGCAUCCCCACAGGUUCAACAGUGUCAGCAGGAGGCAGUAACACCUCUGCUGUUUCUCCCACCUCCAUCAGUAGCUCUGCUGCUGCUGGUCUCCAGCGUCUUGCUGCCCAAUCCCAGCAUGUUGGGUUUGCCCGGAGUGUUGUGAAACUCAGGUGUCAACACUGUAAUCGUCUUUUUGCCACAAAACCAGAGCUUCUUGACUAUAAGGGUAAAAUGUUUCAGUUCUGUGGCAAGAAUUGUUCUGACGAAUAUAAGAAAAUAAAUAAUGUUAUGGCAAUGUGUGAAUAUUGUAAAAUUGAGAAAAUUGUGAAGGAGACUGUGCGAUUCUCAGGUGCUGACAAGUCAUUCUGUAGUGAAGGUUGCAAACUGCUUUACAAACAUGACUUGGGAAAACGCUGGGGAAGUCAUUGUAAAAUGUGCAGUUAUUGUUUACAGACAUCUCCCAAAUUAGUACAGAAUAAUUUGGGAGGAAAGGUGGAAGAUUUUUGUUGUGAAGAAUGCAUGUCCAAAUAUACAGUUUUAUUCUAUCAGAUGGCCAAAUGUGAUGGUUGUAAACGACAGGGUAAACUCAGUGAGUCCUUAAAAUGGCGAGGGGAAAUAAAACAUUUUUGUAACCUGCUUUGUAUCUUGAUGUUCUGCAAUCAGCAAAGUGUAUGUGACCCACCUUCACAAAACAAUUCAGCAAGUAUUUCCAUGGUUCAAGCUGCUUCUGCAGGGCCCCCAUCUCUCAGAAAAGAUUCAACUCCAGUUAUAGCUAACGUGGUGUCAUUGGCAAGUGCUCCUGCUGCUCAACCCACAGUGAAUUCUAACAGUGUCUUACAAGGUGCAGUUCCAACGGUAACCGCAAAAAUCAUUGGAGAUGCAAGUACACAAACAGAUGCCCUGAAACUGCCACCUUGCCAGCCUCCAAGACUUUUGAAGAAUAAAGCUUUAUUGUGCAAACCUAUCACACAGACUAAAGCCACUUCCUGCAAACCACAUACCCAAAAUAAAGAAUGCCAGACAGAAGACACUCCAAGUCAGCCCCAGAUUAUUGUGGUGCCAGUUCCUGUGCCAGUGUUUGUGCCGAUACCUCUUCAUCUUUAUACUCAGUAUGCACCAGUCCCCUUCGGAAUUCCUGUUCCAAUGCCUGUCCCCAUGCUUAUUCCAUCCUCAAUGGACAAUGAAGAUAAAGUCCCCGAAAAUAUUGAAGACAUUAAGGAAAAACUUCCUACACAUCCAUUUGAAGCUGAUCUCCUUGAGAUGGCAGAAAUGAUUGCAGAAGAUGAAGAGAAGGAAAAGACUCUAUCCCAAGGAGGAUCUCAGACUUCUGAACAGGAACUCUUUCUAGACACUAAAAUAUUUGAAAAAGACCAAGGAAGUACAUAUAGUGGUGAUCUUGAAUCAGAGGCAGUAUCUACUCCCCAUAGCUGGGAAGAAGAAUUGAAUCAUUAUGCCUUAAAGACAAAUGCUGUGCAAGAAGCCGAUUCAGAACUGAAACAGUUCUCAAAAGGGGAAACCGAACAGGAUCUGGAAGCAGAUUUUCCAUCAGAAUCCUUUGACCCACUUAACAAAGGACAGGGGAUCCAGGCACGUUCCCGAACAAGAAGACGACACAGAGAUGGUUUCCCCCAGCCCAGACGAAGAGGACGGAAGAAGUCUAUAGUGGCUAUGGAGCCCAGGAGUCUUAUUCAAGGAGCCUUUCAAGGGUGUUCAGUGUCUGGAAUGACCCUGAAAUAUAUGUAUGGGGUGAAUGCCUGGAAGAAUUGGGUUCAGUGGAAAAAUGCCAAGGAAGAGCAGGGGGAUCUAAAGUGUGGAGGAGGUGAACAUGCCUCAUCCAGCCCAUGUUCUGACCACUUAGGAAGUGCUCAAGACCAGGUCCUCUCUCAAGAGUCCUCAGAGUCCGGCUGUAGAGUCCGCUCUGGAAAGCUGAAGGAAGAUAUUCUGUCCUGCACUUUUGCUGAAUUGAGUUUGGGCUUAUGCCAGUUUAUCCAAGAGGUGCGGAGACCAAAUGGUGAAAAGUAUGAUCCAGACAGUAUCUUAUACUUGUGCCUUGGAAUUCAGCAGUACCUGUUUGAAAAUGGUAGAAUAGAUAACAUUUUUACUGAACCCUAUUCAAGAUUUAUGAUUGAACUCACCAAACUCUUGAAAAUAUGGGAACCUACAAUUCUUCCUAAUGGUUACAUGUUCUCUCGCAUCGAAGAAGAGCAUUUGUGGGAGUGCAAACAGCUGGGCGCUUACUCACCAAUCGUCCUCUUAAACACCCUCCUUUUUUUUAAUACCAAAUACUUUCAACUAAAGAAUGUUACUGAGCACUUGAAGCUUUCCUUUGCCCAUGUGAUGAGGCGGACCAGGACUCUGAAGUACAGUACCAAGAUGACAUAUCUGAGGUUCUUCCCACCUUUACAGAAGCAAGAGUCAGAGCCAGAUAAACUAACUGUUGGCAAGAGGAAACGAAAUGAAGAUGAUGAGGUCCCAGUGGGUGUAGAGAUGGCAGAGAAUACUGAUAACCCACUAAGAUGCCCAGUCCGACUUUAUGAGUUUUACCUGUCAAAAUGUUCUGAAAGUGUGAAGCAGAGGAAUGAUGUGUUUUACCUUCAGCCUGAGCGUUCCUGUGUUCCGAAUAGUCCUAUGUGGUACUCCACAUUCCCAAUAGACCCUGGUACCCUGGACACCAUGUUAACACGUAUUCUCAUGGUGAGGGAAGUACAUGAAGAACUUGCCAAAGCCAAAUCUGAAGACUCUGAUGUUGAACUGUCAGAUUAAGAUGGAAGUGAGGUUCCUAUUUUCAUACACAUUGGUAUGCACCAAACUGUGAACGCAUCCAGCUGUUGGAAAGCAAUGUUUAAGCCCAAGUCCUCUUGACUCAAUUAUGAGACAUGGGAAACAGAUGAUCCACAGUGUGGAUGUACAAAUGAAAACUGAAGGAAAGAAUUUGAACUGAGAAAUGUUCUUUGGCAGUGAUAUAGUUCUUAGACAUCUUCAGAAUGACUAACCAAUUUCUCUGAGUGGUGCAUAAUCUUAUUUUGUUUGGGAAUAACAAAAUUGUGGAAUAUUUUUAAGGAAAACUGUUGUAUAAAACUCUACCAUAGUAACCUUAGACCUUAGAGAGGUAGCUUUGGAGUGAGACCUUGGCUACUUGGGCAAGACCUUGUAAAGUCAGGGGAGAAUUCAAUACAAAGCUGAGAGUGACAUCAGAUGGGACUGGGGGACCCAGACCUGAAGACCCAAUAAAAAUACACAACUUUUUUUCCAAGUUAGUGAAGUGGUCUUGAUUUUGAUUUUCACUGACAAGCCAAUUAUGUGAAGGAUAGAAGCCUCUGAUGCUUUUACCAGGGGCCCCUCAUAUCAGGGAAAAUGACCUUCACUCCUAUUAAUAGUGAUGUGUCCCUUUCGCCUUCUGGGUUUAGCUUUCUCAUCUGUGGGUCUCAAGGUGGGUAAAUGAAGGUAAAGGGGAUGAUAUUCCACAAACUAAUUAUGCACACAGAAGAUCUGUGGAGCCCAUUAGACCCCAAGUGUCUUGAAAUGUUUGUAAAGAACCCACUAAAAUGCCCACUUCUCUGGGUGCAGGCCUUUAUUGCUGAUGUCUCAUAGCUUGAGCUGUGGUACACAGAAAUGGGGCUCUCCAUUUGUUUUUGUUUUUCCCCCCGUGGCAGCUUUUCUUCCAUUGUUUUACCUUCCUAUUUCCCAAAUGAUUCCUCUUUUUUUGUCUUUUGCAUCAGUUUUUGGAGGCCCUUGUCAUUUCAAAAAGUAUAGUCUCUCUCCUGAACUUUGGCAAACCCAUGAGCAGUUCCAGAGACACAGUAUUACUUAGCUAUCCGAAUUAUGGUAGAAAAGGUCUCGGUAGGUUCUUGUGUAAAACAUUUAAAAGAUGACCUUGUUGCCCUAGGAAACUUGAAAAUAGGAAUUCUGGGGUUAGGAUUCAGACAUUGACUGUCUUCUUAUAGCAUUAUUCCAAACUCUAGCUGUUUUAGUAGUUCUAUGAGGAUUGCAAGUCAUAGGCGUGUGUGGCCAUAUCAGUCUAUGUCCCUCAUCACAAUUCUCAGUUCUUUGCUACAAAAUUUUGAAAUCAAAGCUUUUAUGAUGUUGGCCAGUCAAUAGAACAUCUUUAGCCAAGGUUUAUUUGACCUUAUGAUAAAACUGGGAGAAGUCAAAAAAAUCUUCUUAGAAAGUUUAAUCUUGAAAUCCUUUUCAGUAUGUCCCAUAUUUUAGGUGGGGAUGGCAGGUGUAUUUUUUUUAAUAAAUGAAAGUCAUUUAACUAUAACAGAAUUAAAAGUGGGCCUUUUGACAUUAUGUACUUGAUGGUUCUAUCCCCCUGCCUGUAACAAAUCUCACUUUUGUUACUAAGAACUGUGUGAAAGAAGUAAAUCUGCCCUGAUUCUGUAUGAUUAAUUACAUCUGUGUGUGUCAUUUCUGACUGGAAAACUUCCUACUUCUAGACCUUGUUCGACUUGAGGAAAACAAUUGGAUUGUCUGAUAAGUCUGCCAAUAAAACCAUCCAGAAACAUCA